CGUCGUUACUGCGAAAUGCUGGUUGUCUUCAUUGUCUACAAAGGCUGACGUCGUUACCUCAGGUUGACGUCGUUACCGGCGCAGCACUACAAAAGGCUGGGUACCAGCCUUCGUAGGUUAGAGUUAGUAUGGACGAGGAUGAGGAGGAGGGAGAGGAGGAGGAGGGUGAGGAAGAAGGAGAAGUGGAGGAGGAGGAGAGAGAUCUGGCGAAGGAGGAGGACGAGGAAGGAGAAGCAGAGGAGGAGGAGGAAGGAGAACAAGUGGAAGAGGAGAAGGAGGAGGAGAGAGAUAUGAUAGAGGAGGAGGAGGAAGAGGAAGGAGAAGCAGAGGAGGAGGACGAGGAGGAGAACGAGCCGGGUCGGAGGAAAAGAGGAGGAGGAGGAAAGGAGGAGGAGGAGGAGGAAAAAGACGGAGGCGGAGGAGGAGGAAGGAAAACAGGUGGAGGAGGUGAAGGAGGAGGAGAGAGAUAUGGCGGAGAAGGAGGAGGAGAGAGAUGUGGCGGAGAAGGAGGAGAGGAGGAGGAAGAGGAGGAAGAGGAGGAAGAGGAGGGAGAGGAGGAGGAGGAGGAGGAAGAAGGAGAAGAGGAGGAGGAGGAGGACGAAGGUCAUUAUGGCGCGCUGCAUUCGGAGGAUGAGGAGGAGGGAGAGGAGGAGGAGAGAGAUCUGGCAAAGAAGGAGGAGGACGAGGAAGAAGGAGAAGCAGAGGAGAAGGACGAUGACGAAGGUCAUUAUGGCAGAGAAGAAGAAGAAGAAGAAGAAGAAGAAAAAUACUAUAUGAUUCGGGGUGGCGGGAGGACGACAACGAGGAGGAGCCGGGUCGAAGGAGGUGGUGAAAGAAAAAGAAGAAGAUGAAGAAGAGAAGACAAAGAAGAAGAAGAAGAAGAAGAAGAAGAAGAAGAAGAAGAAGAAGAAGAAGAAGAAAAAGGAAAAGAAGAAUGACACGAGGGGGGGAGGAGGAGGAGGAGGAGGAGGGCGCAAGAAAUAUUGGGCAGGAGGGGAGAGAGAAGGAACAGGAGGAGGAGGAAGGAGAACAGGUGAAAGAGGAGAAGGAGGAGGAGAGAGAUAUGGCGGAGGAGGACGAGGAGGAGAAAAAUAUGGCAGAGGAGGA